AGAACGAAGAGGUGAAAGGUCACCUACUGAAGAAGCGGCGUGGCUGGAGGCUCUGAGGGAGGGAGAGAGUCUCAGGGGCGACCUGGUGCUGAGGAGAUGCAUGAACUUGCUCGUGGUGAGAAGGGUCAUGGAAACCCCUCUGAACCCAGCCAGGCCGUGUUCCCGCCGUCUUUUAGUGUCUCCGAAAUUAAGAACAAGCAGCGGCGUCGCUUCAUGUUCCUGCGCUGGAAGCAGCAGCAGCAGAAGGAAAAAAUAGCCCUUAAGAAAAGGAGGAAGAAGGAGCGGGAAGCCCUUGGAGAUAAGGCACCACCAAAACCAGAACCAAAGACCAUUGAGAACCAGCGGGUGUAUGAUGAAACCGCGGUUGAUCCAAAUGAUGAAGAGGUUACUUUGGAUGAGGCUACAGAUGAAUUUGCUCCUUACUUCAAUAGGCAAACUAUUCCAAAAAUUCUUAUCACGACAUCUGACAGACCUCGCGGGAGAACUGUGAGAUUCUGUGAACAGUUAUCAACAUGUAUUCCAAAUUCACAUGUUUACUAUCGAAGAGGACUGGCUUUAAAAAAAAUUAUUCCACAAUGUAUCUCGAGGGAUUUCACAGAUCUGAUUGUUAUCAAUGAAGAUCGUAAAAUACCAAAUGGGCUUGUAUUAAGUCAUUUGCCUGAAGGCCCAACUGCUCAUUUUAAGAUGAGCAGUGUUCGUCUGCGUAAAGAAAUAAAGCGAAAAGGGAAAAAUCCCACAGAGCAUCAGCCUGAAAUAAUCCUGAAUAACUUUACAACACGAUUGGGCCAUUCCAUUGGUCGCAUGUUGGCUUCUCUCUUUCCUCACGAUCCUCACUUUGUUGGCAGACAAGUAGCUACAUUUCACAAUCAGCGUGAUUAUAUCUUUUUCAGAUUUCAUAGAUACAUCUUCAAAAAUGAGAAAAAAGUGGCCAUUCAAGAACUAGGGCCACGUUUUACCCUAAAAUUAAGGUCUCUUCAAAAGGGAACUUUUGACUCCAAGUUUGGAGAAUACGAAUGGAUUCAUAAGCGCCGUGAAAUGGACACAAGCCGAAGAAAAUUUCACUUAUAAGAACACACACAGAGAUGCCAUUGUGGUAUUCUGUCACACUAACAAGAUUCUAGACUACCUUUAAGGAUAUUCAGGUUCUACAUGGAAACCUUCAAAUGGCCAUUUCUGUCAGACACUGUUCUCUUCAGUGCUGAAAACUGAGUUACUGUUUAUAAAUAAUAGAAGACUUCAAGGUAGAGGAAAGAGACUGCAUCAGCUGCUAUCUUCUUUUGUUAAGAAGUCAUGGACCCCUCUCAAAAAUGUUUUGUAACUUACAACUCUUUCAUGGCUACUUCUGAAUUAAGAGUAUACCUAGUUAUGCAUCUUAAAAUAAGGUUUAUGCUGGACAUAUUACUUGUCAAAAAUAAACAUUUUACAUGUCAAAGGAUUGCUAUUACCAUGUAUUGGUGAGUGUUCAAGGGUUGCUCAGUAAUGCAGAAAAAUAAAAAUGCAAUUCCAGAUCUAGAAAAUGGCUAUACAAACCUUGGUUAUCUCUGAUUUUCAAUAAGCUAAAUUAAACAAGUUAUUUUAAAACUAGCUAAGGAAGAAGUGAAAUAUUGGGCCAAAUGCCUAUACAAAGAAUAAAUGGGGAAAUGAAUGUUUUAUUUUUAAAAAAUGGGGAAAGGAAUUAGCGUAAUACCCCAUUUUCUCAGUCUGUCUUAAUGAAACCUGAGAUAAUGGAAGUUCGGUCAUCUAUAAUCAUAGGGCUUCCUUAAGGAUUGAGACAAAACCAAAGUUCUCUUGAAUAUAAUCUGACCAAUAUUACUCUGUAAUUCUAGUCUAUACAUUAAACACAUUACCUUUGCAUGUAUGUAUUCCCUUUAGCUCUCAGGAGCAUAAGUUCACAAACAUUCUCUUUCCAACUAACUGCACUUCCAUCUCUCUAUUUAUUAUAGGUACUACAAAGCAGUUCCCAAUUUAGACAUAAUGGUAAACCAUAUACUCCCCAUUUUUAACUGAAUACCUCCCAGAUAUACAAAGAAAAAGAGUUUAGAUAUAAAACGGUAGCUUAAAAAUCAGUCUGUUCAGAUAGAUCAGAAAAUUAAAUCAAUGUUCUCCAUGGAAUUCAGACAAUUAAAGGAAAUUUUUCUAUGUAAUUCUGAUUGUUUCAAAUGAACGUUUACACUCCACUUAACAGAGCAUCUCUCGGCACAUGAUAUAAGCAGCUACAGUCAGCUCAGGUAACAAUAAGAUCUUGCUUUGACCUGCCAGGCAUGAUAAAUUAUGGACCUGGAAAUAAGAAAAACUAUAUGCAACUAGGCAUUUAAGAUUACACAGGGUUGUUCCAAAACUAUUUUAAGAGAUCUACAUAAUACUCUUGUUCUAUGUUAGUAUUUAGUAGUCAAUUUCAAUCUUUUGGCUUCUUUUUUGGCUAACUUAGCCAAUCUAGCUUGAUACAAAUGGUUUUUUAAAACA